GUUUAAUGAAGAGAAACCCUCUUCCAGGCUCCCAAAAUGCACCAGGGAUUACCUCCAGACCCCGACAAGGAGAACCUGUUGAAGACCAGCUUGGACUACCUGGACACCUUCCUGGAGACGGGCGGCGUCCCUUACCUGUGCGGCGAGAAGUAUACCAUCGCUGACAUCUCCGUCUUGGCGUCCAUCACUGAGCUGGACGCCAUGGACUACUCCUACAAGUGCUACGGCGAAGUCCUCAGGUGGACCCAAAGGAUGAAGGAGAACUUCCCGUUCUACAAGGAGUGUUGCGAGGAAGGAGUGGAGAUGACGAGAGCAAGAGUCAAGCAACUGGAACUAGACCUCAAGAAACAGCUCGAGAAGGAACGCAAACAGUCCAUCACGAAAAAGUAGACUGUCUCACGCCACACGACCCGACCAGGACGAAUCUGGCAGCACUGGGAAGACACGCAGUUGUUACAUGAAUGACUCGACUGUAUUUCAUAGUGUGAGCGGAACAUGUAGAAGAUAAAAUUGUUAAUUCGUGUGUAUUUUUCAACGCAUAUGAACCAAUAUGUAUAAACAUAUUAAAUAUAU